CGCAUUGUUGCGCGAGGGGCCGAGCGGUGCUCCGAGGAGGGCGGGCGCACACCGCUGCGGCACCGGGGCGGUCACCGGCACCGGCGGGCGGGCGCCGCCGCCGCACGGAGCUCCGAGUCCCCGUGCCACAGCCCCUCCGCUCCCCUGCCCGCCCCAUCGGCAGGGUGCGGCCGGGCCCCCCCGCGCCCUCCCCUCCGCCGCCUCCCCAGUGGUGCCGCCCGGCUCCAGCUGACCGGCCUGGAAUCCCGGCCGGGAGCCGCGCGCCCCCCGCCCGCCGCCGCCCCGCGCCCCGGCCCCACCAUGGGAGACGCCGGCAGCGAGCGCAGCAAGGCGCCCAGCCUGCCCCCGCGCUGCCCCUGCGGCUUCUGGGGGUCCAGCAAGACUAUGAAUCUCUGUUCCAAAUGCUUUGCUGAAAAAAGAAAUCCACACAACGAAAAAGAUUUCCAGAAGAAACAGCCAGACGAUGACUCUACUCCCAGCACAAGCAACAGCCAGUCAGAUUUGUUCUCUGGGGAAACGGACAGUGACAACAGCAAUACCUCUCUAACCACGCAGGCCGCUAACUCCAACCAGCAACUUUUGACAGAACUGAAUGUAACUUCACCGAGCAAAGAGGAAUGUGGGCCAUGCACAGGUACAGCUCAUGCCUCGUUAACCACACCAACCAAAAGAUCUUGCGACUCAGAUUCACAGUCGGAGAAUGAGGCUUCUCCUGUGAAGCGGCCACGGCUACUGGAUGACAGUAAUGACAGGCCUGAAGAAACCAGUCGAUCCAAACAGAAGAGCAGACGCCGAUGCUUCCAGUGCCAAACAAAACUGGAGCUAGUACAGCAGGAGCUGGGAUCAUGUCGCUGUGGUUACGUGUUCUGCAUGUUGCACCGCCUGCCCGAACAGCACGACUGCACGUUCGACCACAUGGGCCGCGGGCGCGAGGAGGCCAUCAUGAAAAUGGUGAAACUGGAUCGCAAAGUAGGGAGAUCUUGCCAACGCAUUGGCGAAGGAUGUUCCUGAGUGCAAGACUGCAACCAAAUGCUGUUCUCUUAGUUCACUAAUGUUAGCCUUAUUUAGGACAAAGUCAGCCAGACACCUUGUACUAGGCAAGUUUCAGACUACAGCCAAUCAGUUUCCUUUCUUUAGCCAACCGUCCUGGUACUGUAGUUUAGGGAUUGAUGGUGGUUGAAAUUGAUCUCUGGCUGGUUACUAAGGUGCCUGCUAGCCACCGUAUAAAAAUAAAACAUGAAGAAAUAUUAUUUUUGAGUAUGGCUAGUGGAUUUAAACAAAGCAAGAAAAAUCCAAAGGCUUCUGUUAUUGCUGGAGUCACUCUAAAAGCCUUAUGCUGGAAACAUUCCAGCUGCAGAGUUAAAACAAAUAGUUGUAUAGAAGCUGGUGUAAAAGUUUGCUAUGCACAUGGCUUUCUGACAAACUGUUUAAUGUGCAGCCUUUCACCUCUUCACUGCUACUGAAUCCUGAGGAGGUGAAAUACUACUUGGAGCAGCAACUGCAGCUGCUUAAGCCCAGAAGACCUGACUGGUCACUCGUGCCUUCAUCGCGUGUGGCUUUUGAGUUAGGCAGUGUCACCAGCAUCAGGGAUUCUGUUGGGGUAGAAACACCUUUCUGGUUCUUCCCAGGAAGCCAAAAAGAAAGGGGGACAGAGAUUCUUAUGAAAAAUUUUUAUAUGUAUCUUACUAUAAAGAACCUAUCAGGGUUUUUUUUUUUUCUUCUUUUUUUUUUUUUUAAUCUUUCUUCUCUGUUAAAUUAUGAUCUCUCUUUAAAGCCAACUCCAUCCUGGAGCAGUAAAUGGUGCAUAACUUUUUACAUGGCAUCCGCAGAGAUUCUACGUGUUAUGUGAACAGAUUCCACAUACCUUGAGCAGUGCAGCCAUUCCCACUGGCCGAAACCUGAUUGGCUCUUGUUUGCCUUUUGCUAAGUGCAGGUAUCUGAAUAUUGAUCAAAUAAGGCUAAUUCACAGCACAGUAGCCAUGGCUGGAUUCUACAGACUGACUUUCUGUAGCUAGACUUACAUAUUGGGGAAAAAAGGACAUUUUGUAGCAAACGGAAUUCAGUAACAGUAUUGGGGAACAACCUGUAAAACAAACACCCUUUGUCAGAAUGAGUUCGUGUUCCUCACGUUCAGAGUGUCAAUGAGAUAAUCAAAGGGGCUCCACCAGCCCUCCUUCUAUGCAGCUGAACGCGCCCACGAAAAUCCCUGCCCGCAAAGUGAGUAUAGCAAGUGGAUGUGAAAAGCGUUACCUGGAUAGAACGUUCUGGAUCUGGUUAGAGCCGUGGUUCUGUGUUACAGUGUGUCACGCUGAGCUGAGCCCAACCGCACCAGCUUUGCCACUUUGGAAACAUAAAAGCAAACAUCAUAACCGGGCUGUCUCCUGCUGCACACAGGGCUUACGCAGGUAAAAACGAUACGUGCCGAUGUCGCCCAGCUUAAUCCUGAAUGAGUUUAACUUCUCAGUCCAUCAGUAAGUUAUUAAUAAGUGGGUAAACCUGUAAGAAAAUCUGAGGGAGGGAUCUACUUUGUCUCAUCUUCAAAUACUGGCAGAUCUGAAACAUAGGGGGUGAAAUAGCCUGUCACUUGGAAAACCCCAGCUUGUAUGAGUCAUCCUCCAUUCUACUUGUUACAGGUAAUUAACUCCUUAUAGGCCAAAUUAUACUGUUACUUUGAUAGCCAGUUAGGAACAUUUAACAAUGAGACAACUAAUUAAAAAAAAAGAAUACACACAUAUAUAUAUAUAUACACACAUAUAUAUACAUAUAUAUAUAUAUAUAUAUAUAUAUAUAUAUAUAUGUCUCUCCACACACACACUCGGCAUCUGACUGUAUUAGCAUUAACCAUGAAGCAAAUCAGAAGUGUCCCAUCAUUAUAAAUGCAAGCUGUCUGGAAGGCAAGCUGCAUUUUUUUUUUUCUUUGUUCUUAUUCAAGAAUAUGAACCAGCAGCAAAAGCUUCUGUAAUGGGCUGCAGUUUCAGGAAGUGGUCCUGGUGAGAAGGACUGUCCAAGGAUAUUAUUUGCAUUUGCCAUGAGGAUUUAAAAAAAAGAUGGAUUUUGGCGGCUGCUGUGAUACGCACUUUCUUUUCCUACAAAAUCCUACCCUAGCAUUUGAUGGGCAUUCUGAUUGAUACACAAGACUUUUCUGCAUUAAUACUGAAGAUGCUAUUUUGUUCCUCCUUAAUAUUCUCUUUAAUCUCGUUACAAGUGCACAGACGGUUUCAAGGUGGCUCUUGAGAGGACACUACUUAACGUUCAUGUGAAUUAUGGACAAUGUUCACUUUAAACAAAAAGUUGGGGAGGGGGUUGUUCCUUUGCAGUAUCUGUUCUGUGAAGUUUGUAAAACGUAAAGAAAGCUUAAGUUCUUGUAUCUUAAAAGAAGAUCUUAUUUAACCCUUUUGUGUUCUAGAUUUACUUACACAUGUAGCCUAGAGCUCAGUUUUAGUUUAACAUUGUGAAAAUAUUAAAAGAAUCUUGUAACUUUAUUCUUUUUCCUCAUGCUAAAAAAAAAAAAUUAAACCAAUCAGAUUAAAGUUUGAAUUCCUUUCUGCCUAUUCCAA